UUGAUACUGUUAAUGUGAAAUUAUUACCCCGGAAGUGUUUGCAGUGGCGCUUUGGCUCAGCGUGCACUCUUCCGUUCUUUGCGGUCCCGAGGCUAAGCUAGCCGAGAAGAUGCCGUCGAUUGAAUACGACGACUCAAAGCCCAGCUGGGCAGACCAAGUCGAGGAAGAAGGAGAUGAAGGAACACUACCACCCCCCAAGGAAACCAUCAAAGGAAAUAUUAAAACUAUAACAGAAUAUAAAAUUGAUGAUGACGGAAAGAAGUUCAAGAUUGUGCGAACUUUCAAGAUUGAGACGAGAAAAGCCUCCAAAGCUGUUGCCAGGAGAAAGAACUGGAAGAAAUUUGGGAACUCUGAGUUUGAUGCACCAGGUCCUAAUGUUGCCACCACCACAGUCAGUGAUGAUGUUUUUAUGACUUUCAUCUCAAGCAAAGAGGACCUAAACGCCCAAGACCAGGAUGAGGAUCCUAUGAACAAACUCAAAGGACAGAAGAUUGUGUCUUGUCGUAUCUGCAAAGGUGACCAUUGGACCACCCGCUGUCCGUACAAGGACACCCUGGGCCCCAUGCAGAAGGAACUGGCUGAACAGCUUGGACUUUCCACAGCAGACAAGGAUAAACCUGCUGGCUCUGUGGAACCAGAGCCGGCACAGCCAGUGGCAAGCAAGACUGGGAAGUAUGUGCCCCCGAGUCUGAGGGAUGGCGGCACGCGGAGAGGGGAGUCCAUGCAGCCGAACCGCAGAGGUGGGUCGGAUGACAAUGCUACCAUUCGUGUGACCAAUCUGUCUGAGGACACCCGUGAGACGGACUUGCAGGAGCUCUUUAGACCAUUUGGCUCCAUCUCAAGGAUCUAUCUGGCCAAAGACAAGAACACCGGCCAAUCAAAGGGAUUUGCCUUCAUCAGCUUCCACCGUCGCGAGGAUGCAGCCAGAGCCAUUGCUGGAGUGUCCGGAUUUGGAUAUGAUCAUCUUAUUCUCAAUGUUGAAUGGGCUAAACCUUCAAACAACUGAGGGGUCCACGAGAAUAUAUUCCAGGAUGAUGCCAUAUUUUAUUGUUUGAAUAAAAUAUGGUUACCUAAAUAAAGAGAAUCAAUGUUGUUACCAA